CAUUUAUUCAUCCAUUUUAGAUCAAAAACAGCAUAAAACCUGGUAUAGGUUCCUGCCCUUCUUCUUUUCUGAAGCCCCCAUUAAAUAUAUGUAUUAAAGGUCACGCUCACUUAAAGUGACAAUGGAGCCUAAUAAUUUGGUGUUGGGUGACAUAAAAGAGGUCGAAUCAGUAUUGAAUUGCGUUCUAAGUCAAGUAUGUGAUGCUUCAGUGAAUAUUCCUUUGAUUCCAAAAGAUUUGAACGGGGACGAAUUAUACAAAGGUGUGUCAAUGUCAAAUAUUGAAUUUGUUUCACUUGACAAUGUUGGACAAAAUACAGAAACAGGACAAAGCAAUAAAGAUGAUGCGGAACCAGCCACUGAAAUAAGAGAUAUUGAAGAUUGUUGUGGAAGGAAUUUAUCGGUUAAUGAAUUAGACGACAAAGAAAUAUUGGCGGAUUGCCAAUGUAUUAUGAGCUCAAUUCUUGAUGCCAUAGACAGUGGAUUAAAUGUCAGAGAAGAGAUUGAUUCAACGCUCCAGGCGGGCUAUUGUUUACAUGGGUUCGAUUCAAGAUCUGUAAAAACAACGGAAGAAUUCGCUGAGACAAAAGAGCAAGCGGCAGGGAAACCAGGUCCGGUUACAGCUCUAUCGUUUGAUUGUUUAACAUCUGGAAAUACCGGUCGUUUAGCGGAACUUCAGUCCUCUGUAGAUAAAGAGAGCUAUUGUGAGCUACUUAACACAUCUCUCCGGAGCAACCGGGGGAAAUUUUCCAAAGAACUUGAUGAUUGUUUUGACUCAAGUGAUGAUGAGUCUCUUCCAGGAAGUCCUGUGGAUCCUUUCGGAGAUCACUCUUCCAGUGACGAAGUGUCACGUUUACUGGAAGUUUCCUUCUCCGAUGAUCAGUGUCCUGUUUCACCAGAGCCGAAAAAACAUUUUGUGAAGUCAAAAUCACAACCAGUAUUAAAAAUUGUUGAUUUUGUGCAGCAGAGCACAAAGUCAGCCUCCCCACCCACCCCUGAGUGCAGUGAAAACUUUGCAGACCUUAAUUUAGGCAUACGUAACGGACCAGUGGCUUCCAAUACUUCGUUCUCAGCCUCUGUUCCUGUUGGUUGGAUAAAUACAGUUGCCCGACGUAAACAAAGGAAUUAUUCCACCCUUUCCAAAGAAGAAAUGAAACGAGAUGACUUUGUGUAUUGUGGGCCAGAAAAGAAAAAUACGGAGCAGACCAAAGGUGCUUUUGAGACCUCAUUUAAUCCUUGUUUAAAAUUACGAACCCCUGAGCAAGCGAGCGAGAUUUCCUUGGAUCUGGUUUAUUCAAACGUUGCCGUGUUACCAGGCGCUACAGACAAGAGCAACCAGUCGCUAUUGAUCAUAUUUGCAGAUGAAAUUGUGUGGCAAAAGUGUAACGUUGGCAGCAUCGCGUUGACUAGAUAUCUGCUCUAUUUAACAUCGCGUGUUCAUGGUGUUUGCCUAUUGAUUGAUGAAAGAGGAGCUUAUGACACAUCUGCCUCUGCCAUCCUUGAAGCACUUCAUAUAUAUCAAAACAACUCACCGGAAUGUAUUAAGAAAGUGCUUAUCCUAAGUGACGCCUCGUCAUUGCUUCAACCCAUCGUUAAAAACUUGUUCAAUGUUGAGUGUGAGAUCGUAAGUAGUGACAGUGACUUGGAGGAAUUCAUCGAUUCAAAGAACUUGCUUGUUCAGUUGGGCGGAGAAUUGCAAUUCUCACAAGCCGAGUGGAUUCAGAACCGCCUGGUCGUUGAUUCGUUUUUGCAUUUCUGCGAAAACGUCCGGCACAAUUUCGCUCGCCACGGUCUUUCUAUGACGUCACAAUCCCUUCCCGACUCCGCCACCGAGACGCGAAUGCAGCUGAGUCAGCAUCAUAAAGACAUGACUCAGCUGCUGGACGAUCGGCAAGUUUCGAAUCUUCGGGACCGAGGACAAAGAAUCCUUCAGCAAUUGUCGCAAGACGGAACAACUGAUGCGUGGUCAUGUGCCGAGCUCGUCCAAUCAAGUUACAGUGCAGCAAACGAAGCUGUGACCAGAUUCGUCCAAAUUGCCGACGAUCGCUUGCUAUCUUUAGAGAGGCACUUGCUCGUCAAAGAGUUUGAGAAAUCGUGUGAUUAUAUAUUGGACUGGUGUAGCGAAAACAGCGACUCGCUCCAGCAACGUUUCUCUGUCGUUGCCGAUUCUAUCGAAGAUCUGAUUCUUCAACGACAAGAAUUUGACGAGUUUUACUUUUCAGCAAUGAAAGAGUAUGCUAAAUGUGAUUGUCUGCUGACCGAAGCUCACAACCUAAACAAGCUUGGAUAUCUAACGGAACCCCAACACGUACAACGAACGAAAAUUGCAGAAGAAGAACUUAGAACUAUCGUGGAUAUUAUGGAGAAGAAAAAGCAAGAAGUCGAAGCAACAUCGCAAAUGUAUAAGUUUAUAGACCAGGCGUAUUCAUGGGCGUUAAGCGGGAUGAAGUUCAUGGCUCUUCUUAACAUGGAAGAUUGCCUGACUUUGGAUGCUUGCCAGAAAAUGUUGGAUAAAUUUGACGACUACAUGAAAGAGCACCCGCCGAUUUCGAAGGAGCAAUUUAGUGACAUGCUACAGUUAGCAAGUCGCUAUGGUAACAUGAAAUGUUUGAGACAGUGUGAAUUCGCACAACAGAAAUAUGAAGAAACGACGCAGCUUUUUGCAAAGCGGAGAGAAUUAAUCGCCAAGGCCAAAGCCCAGAUCAAAUCGAGCACGAAGAAGCGAAGUACUUCCUUUCGGAUGAAGAACCGUGAAAAACUUGACAAAGCCGCGCAGGCACAAGGAAGAUCAGAUGAUGUAGAGGGGGAAAGGUCGAGCUCCGAAUCCUCUGAACGAAGAAUAAGUUUAAACUCAAUGGAAAGUCGAACAUCAUUUGAAAACAUGUCCGAGACCUCAUGCACAGACUCGGCGCUCGACGACACCAGUGGGGUGUUUGUUUCCGAUGAAAAAGAAACGCCAAACUCGAGUUUUUCCGUCACCCCGACCAAACCACACCACCCUAAGCUUCAACCUGCCAGAAAAAUGUUAAAAAAAUCGCAAAGUAUGACGAGUCACCCAACACGGCCAUUGUUGACCCAUCACAUGCAUUCACAAUCUGGGACCACUCUCACCAUUGGUUCACCCGUGCAAAUCAAGGAACCAGACACUACUGGAAAAUCGAAAGUAGCACUUAUCAUUGAAGAACUCAUAUCAACAGAACAAGAAUAUGUUAAAUCACUUAACUAUGUUAUUGAGAACUACUUUCCCGAAAUGUGUCGCCUUGAUAUUCCACAAGCACUGAGAUGUAAACGAAACGUGAUCUUUGGAAACAUUGAAAAGAUUGCCGAGUUCCACAGCGGGUACUUCCUUGAUGACUUGGAAAAAUGCAGCGGAAGUCCAAGUCAGGUUGCAAAGGUCUUUCAAGUUCAUAGAGACAGCUUUGGUCUGUAUGCUUUGUACAGCAAGAACAAACCAUUGUCAGAUGAAUUACUGCAGGAACACGGAAAUGAAUUUUUUAAAGCCAAACAAUUACAACUUAAAGAUAAAAUGGACCUCGCGUCAUAUUUGCUCAAGCCAGUGCAGAGGAUGGGUAAAUACGCUCUUCUACUGCAUGCGAUGGCAAAGCGAGCGACGGGAUCCGAGGAACGAAGUCUGAAAGAAGCGGAAGAGAUGGUGAAGUUCCAACUUCGUCACGGCAACGAUCUUCUUACAAUGUCGUCUAUACAAGAAUGUGAUGUCAACUUGAAAGAACAAGGAAAUUUACUUCGUCAGGAACAAUUUGUCAUUAAUGCUGGUCGAAAAAAAUACGUCAGACGAGUUUUUCUGUUCGAGGAUCUUGUCUUGUUUAGCAAGCCUAUUCAUGUACAUGGUGGUCAUGAUAUUUACCAGUACAAGUGUAGCUACAAGACCGCCGAGAUUGGAAUAACUGAAAACAUUGGGGAUUCUGGAAUCAAGUUUGAGAUUUGGUUUCGUAGAAGAAGGUCACAAGCUAGCCAGGAUAGAUUUGUUCUGCAAAGUUCAACGAAGGCAAUCAAACGAUCGUGGGUGGAAGAAAUACGCGGGAUGCUGUGGAAGCAAGCACUUAGAAAUAGAGACAAUCGUAAGAUGGAGAUGACAGUCAUGGGGGUGGGAAGCAAACCUCAUCUUGACUUGGCUGGAUCGAGCGUCAACCGAAUCACUGAUCGCUCUGUCCUCCCAUCCACUGUUGAUCUCUCGGAGCGAUUAUCGCGAUCCCGGACCCGCGCCUCAAUCGCGGUGUCGAGCUUCGAUCAUUCCUCCACCAGCAAGCGACCUCACUCCACCAUCUCUACUUCCUCCUCUACAUCUUCUGUGGGGUCCGGAGGAAACCAAUCUGGGUCAAUUGUGUCCUCCCUCAACCUUGCUCAUUCUUGGACCUCACGGGAAGGAGAUUCUUACUCGCGAUUGGCCGGUUUAAAUCCACCAAUGGCGUACUGCGACUUCCAUGCAAUAGCAGAAGAUGAGAACGAAGAAUACAGUGAAACAACGAGUGAAGGCCCUUCCUCUGUGUGCAACUCCACAGAAACAACAACUGAAGAAGCCUCGGACUCUCUAACUUCCCCAGCUCGACAAUACGUCACAACGCAUGAUCCAUCAUUACAGUCUGACAGACUCGUGGUUGCAUGAUUUGAUCGAGGAUCAAAAUAUGGAAUGACGUUGGUCCAGUUUGACUUUCUGUGUUUGUCAAGCGACUGCAAUAAGUUUUAUUUCAAAGAACAGGCUUCGCAUACGAUGCAUUUCUGUAGAAUGUUCCUGUACUUUUAUUUAUUUUACAUUGCUAACUGGUACUGCAUAUUUCAUAUCGGUGCUUUCUAGUUUUCUUUAAAUCUUUUUUUACUGUGCUCACUUUGCACGUACUGCCACAUCUGGGCAAUUUAACCCAGUUAUUAAAAUAUGCUUUAUAUUA